AUGAAAGCCGGCCAGUGGGAUCCCAAGGAGAAAAAGGUCGUCGUGAACGAUGUGCCGAAACCAACCGAAGCUCCAAAUCAGUUUCUGGUCAAGAUACAAUCUGCAUCGCUAUGUCACUCCGACCUCCUCCAUACUAUGAGGCCGGACUACGCUGUCACGCUGGGACACGAAGGAGUCGGCUAUAUUGAGUCCAUCGGUAAAGAGGCGAUCGACAGAGGCUUUCAAGUCGGCGACGCUAUUGGCUUCAACUACUUCAUCGGUGCUUGCUUUGAUUGCGAAGGAUGCAUGGUUCACAAUGUGCGAUGCGAGACAGGUAACCAGAAACUGCAGGGUUUCGUAGUAGAUGGAUACUUUGCCGAGUACGCGGUUGUAGAUUGGCAGAACGCUAUCAAGUUGCCCGAGAAUUUAGAUAUGAGCAAGACUGCGCCACUGUUCUGCGCCGGUAUUACAGCUUUCCAUUCGGUGGAUAGCUGCGAGUUGAAAGCAGGAGAUUGUUUAGCGGUAAUCGGAUGCGGUGGCUUGGGCCAAUAUGCUAUUCAGUAUGCAAAAGCUAUGGGUAUCAAGACUAUUGGUCUCGACAUCAACGACAAUCAACUCGAUGUCGCGAAGAAGGUUGGCGCGGACGCUGUCUUCAACUCCAUGAAGAAUAAAGACUAUCUUGAGGAGAUCAAGAAGCUCACUGGUGGUAAGGGAUGUCAUGCUGCGGCUGUCUACAGCGCUUCAAACGCAGCAUACGCAGGCGCGCCAGAUGUUUUGAGAACAGGUGGACUACUCAUGGUGAUCGGUAUCGCGCCUAAGGGACUUGACUUCAUAAACACAUUUGAUCUGACGACGGGACGGUAUCGCAUCAAGGCCGAUAGCACAGGUAUUCCGCAGCGAAUGAAGAAGGCAGUCGAGUUUACCGGCAAGCAUAGUAUACAGCCAGAAGUCGAGUUCCGCAAGAUCGAUGACUUGCCGCAGAUGGUUGCGGAUAUGGAGGCUGGCAAAGCGGAGAAGAGGCAGGUUGUUGUGUUUUAG